GGACAGAGUGGCUUCUGGCGUGCCCAAGGAAGGAAACACCCCGAAUUUGCGGAAGAGGCUGGGGCCCCGGCGGGAAGCACAUGGCGGCCUCCUGGCCUCGCCCCUCACAGCUGUUUUCUCACUGAUUCCUGGCCGAGGUAGAGAGAAAACCAACCAUUGCACUCGCCAUCGACAGACUUGACCAAGGCAGUGCUUGUGUGGGUAAAGUGCUGUCUGCACACUGCAGAUACAGAGUGGCAUUGUCCCUGAUUCCAGCAUUGUUGGGAAAUGAAAAUGUACCUACUAAAAGAGAACAGAAAUAAAAGACUACACCCCACGGAGAAUGAAAAAGGGAGGACUGGGUCACUGAAGGAUGGAGUUCUGAAGAAGAUCAGCCCUUGGUGGGGACCCAGCAUCAUGGUAUGGACAAGGCCACACAGAAAGGCACAGAUGCAGGAAUGAACAGGACCCAUGAUCUCAUGGUCAAACUGGCUGCGGAGGGGGACAGGGCAGAGAGCAGAGGUCCCAGUAGCCCAAUCAGCAGCGGCAGCUGUCCCCGCCGGCCCAGCCCCCCGGCCAAGUCCCCCGGAGUUCCAGCCCCAGCCCGAGGUGGGCACGACGCUCCUGGCUUGUCAGCGGCCGCUCUGCUCCCAUCCAAUAGCCGAAGCCACACAGCUCUGGAGCUUUGACCCAGGGGCAGUUGAGGGCACUUGGGCAUUGGCCGAAGAGGAUCUGGUUGGUUUGCUGCCAGUCCUGAGGGCGGCCCACCCUGCUGCUGGGGAGAGAGCACGGUGCGGGGUCUGGGGUGAUGCUCUGGGCUCAGCCCCUGUGCAGCAGCAGCACCUGGGCCUUGCAGGCGCGUCUCCUAGCCCUGACAGGGCCUGCCCGCCACCCUCCCCACCCAGCCUCUGGGCAGGUAGGCGGUGAGGAGUGGUUAGCAGGCCCAGGGCAGAUUGGCCAUCCGGUACUCUGGGGGCUGCACCCUGAGGCUGCCCUGGCCUCCUGCACCUUCCUGGUCCCUGAGCCCAGGAUGCAAGGAUGGCCAGACCGUCUCUGGCAACCCUGGUGCCUCUGGGCCCCGACUGCCUGCGCCCCUUCACACGGGAGUCCCUGGCAGCCAUAGAACAGCGGGCAGUGGAGGAGGUGGCACGGCAGGAGCGGAACAGGCAGAUGGAGAUCGAGGAGCCCGAACGGAAGCCACGCGGCGACCUGGAGGCCGGCAAGAACCUGCCCCUUAUCUACGGGGACCCCCCACCAGAAGUCAUCGGCAUCCCCCUGGAGGACCUAGACCCGUACUACAGUGACAAGAAGACAUUCAUCGUACUCAACAAGGGCAAGGCCAUCUUCCGCUUCUCUGCCACACCUGCCCUCUACCUGCUGAGCCCCUUCAGCGUCAUCAGGCGUGGUGCCAUCAAGGUGCUCAUCCAUGCGCUGUUCAGCAUGUUCAUCAUGAUCACCAUCCUGACCAACUGUGUGUUCAUGACCAUGAGUGACCCACCUCCCUGGUCUAAGAAUGUGGAGUACACCUUCACAGGAAUCUACACCUUUGAGUCCCUCAUCAAGAUGCUGGCCCGAGGCUUCUGCAUUGAUGACUUCACAUUCCUCCGGGACCCCUGGAACUGGCUGGACUUCAGUGUCAUCGUGAUGGCGUACGUGACAGAAUUUGUGGACUUGGGCAACAUCUCAGCCCUGAGGACCUUCCGGGUGCUCCGGGCCCUGAAAACCAUCACGGUCAUCCCAGGACUGAAGACAAUUGUGGGGGCCCUGAUCCAGUCGGUGAAAAAGCUGUCGGAUGUGAUGAUCCUCACUGUCUUCUGCCUGAGCGUCUUUGCCCUGGUGGGGCUGCAGCUCUUCAUGGGAAACCUGCGGCACAAGUGUAUACGCUGGCCACCACCCUUCAACGACACCAAUGUCACGUGGUACAGCAGUGACACCUGGACCCACAACGACACCUGGGCUGGCAACUACACCUUUGACUGGGAGGCCUACGUCAGUGAUGAAGGAAACUUCUAUUUCCUGGAGGGCUCCAAUGAUGCCCUGCUCUGUGGGAACAGCAGUGACGCUGGGCACUGCCCGGAGGGUUAUGAGUGCAUCAAGGCCGGACGGAACCCUAACUAUGGCUACACCAGCUACGACACCUUUAGCUGGGCCUUCCUGUCUCUCUUUCGCCUCAUGACACAGGACUAUUGGGAGAACCUCUUCCAGCUGACCCUUCGAGCAGCUGGCAAGACCUACAUGAUCUUCUUUGUGGUCAUCAUUUUCCUGGGUUCCUUCUACCUCAUCAAUCUGAUCCUGGCGGUGGUGGCCAUGGCCUAUGCCGAGCAGAACGAGGCCACCUUGGCUGAGAACAAGGAGAAAGAGGAGGAGUUUCAGCAAAUGCUUGAGAAAUUCAAGAAGCACCAAGAGGAGCUGGAAAAGGCCAAGGCCACCCAGGCUCUAGAAGGUAGAGAGGCAGACGGGGACCCAGCCCAUGGCAAAGACUGCAAUGGCAACCUGGAUGCCUCACCCGGGGAGAAGGGAGCCCCGAGGCAGAGCUGCAGCGCAGACAGCGGCAUCUCGGAUGCUAUGGAAGAGCUGGAAGAGGCCCACCAGAAGUGUCCACCAUGGUGGUACAAGUGUGCCCACAAGGUGCUCAUAUGGAACUGUUGUGUUCCAUGGGUAAAGUUCAAGAACAUAAUCCACCUGAUCGUCAUGGACCCCUUUGUGGACCUGGGCAUCACCAUCUGCAUCGUGCUCAACACCCUCUUCAUGGCCAUGGAACAUUACCCCAUGACAGAGCACUUCGACAAUGUGCUCUCUGUGGGCAACCUGGUCUUCACCGGUAUCUUCACGGCAGAGAUGGUACUAAAGCUGAUCGCCCUGGACCCCUAUGAGUAUUUCCAGCAGGGCUGGAACGUCUUUGACAGUAUCAUCGUCACCCUCAGCCUGGUGGAGCUGGGUCUGGCCAACGUGCAGGGACUGUCUGUGCUCCGCUCCUUCCGUCUGCUGCGGGUCUUCAAGCUGGCCAAGUCAUGGCCCACGCUGAACAUGCUCAUCAAGAUCAUUGGCAACUCGGUGGGCGCGCUGGGCAACCUGACGCUGGUGCUGGCCAUCAUCGUGUUCAUCUUUGCCGUGGUGGGCAUGCAGCUGUUCGGCAAGAGCUACAAGGAGUGUGUGUGCAAGAUCGCCUCGGACUGCAGCCUGCCCCGCUGGCACAUGCAUGAUUUCUUCCACUCCUUCCUCAUCAUCUUCCGCAUCCUGUGUGGGGAGUGGAUCGAGACCAUGUGGGACUGCAUGGAGGUGGCCGGCCAGCCCAUGUGCCUCACUGUCUUCCUCAUGGUCAUGGUCAUCGGCAACCUGGUGGUCUUGAACCUGUUCCUGGCCCUGCUGCUGAGCUCCUUCAGCGCCGACAGCCUGGCAGCCUCAGAUGAGGACGGCGAGAUGAACAACCUGCAGAUCGCCAUUGGGCGCAUCAAGUGGGGCAUCGGCUUCGCCAAGGCCUUCCUGUUGGGGUUGCUGCAUGGCAAGAUCCUGAGCCCGCGGGACAUAAUGCUCCGCCUCGGGAAGCCCGGGGGUGCCGAGGAGGCCGGAGAGGCCGGGGAGAGUGACUCCAAGGACGAAAAGGAGCCACUGCCCGAGGAGGACCUGAAGAAGGACAAUCACAUCCUAAACCACAUGGGCCUGGCCGAUGGUCCCCCCUCCAGCAUCGAGCUGGACCAUCUCAACUUCAUCAACAACCCCUACCUGACCAUACAGGUGCCCAUCGCCUCUGAGGAGUCUGACCUGGAGAUGCCCACGGAGGAGGAAACCGACACUUUCUCAGAGCCUGAAGACAGCAAGAAACAGCUGAAGCUCCUCUAUGACGGGGACUCCUCCAUCUGCAGCACAGCCGACUACAAGCCCCCGGAGGAGGACCCUGAGGAGCAGGCUGAGGAGAACCCCGAGGGGGAGCAGCCUGAGGAGUGCUUCACUGAGGCCUGUGUGCAGCGCUACCCCUGCCUCACCGUGGACAUCUCCCAGGGCCGCGGGAAGAUGUGGUGGACCCUGCGCAGGGCCUGCUUCAAGAUCGUCGAGCACAACUGGUUCGAGACCUUCAUUGUCUUCAUGAUCCUGCUCAGCAGUGGGGCCCUGGCCUUUGAGGACAUCUACAUCGAGCAGCGGCGAGUCAUCCGCACCAUCUUGGAAUAUGCUGACAAGGUCUUCACCUACGUCUUCAUCCUGGAGAUGCUGCUCAAGUGGGUGGCCUAUGGCUUCAAGGUGUACUUCACCAACGCCUGGUGCUGGCUCGACUUCCUCAUUGUGGAUGUCUCCAUCAUCAGCCUGGUGGCCAACUGGCUGGGCUACUCAGAGCUGGGACCCAUCAAAUCCCUGCGGACGCUGCGGGCCCUGCGGCCCCUGAGGGCGCUAUCCCGAUUUGAGGGCAUGAGGGUGGUGGUAAACGCCCUCCUGGGCGCCAUCCCCUCCAUCAUGAACGUGCUGCUCGUCUGCCUCAUCUUCUGGCUCAUCUUCAGCAUCAUGGGCGUGAACCUAUUCGCCGGCAAGUUCUACUACUGCAUCAACACAACCACCUCUGAGAGGUUCGACAUCUCCGAAGUCAACAACAAGUCUGAAUGCGAGAGCCUCAUGCACACAGGCCAGGUGCGCUGGCUCAAUGUGAAGGUCAACUAUGACAACGUGGGCCUGGGCUACCUCUCCCUCCUGCAGGUGGCCACCUUCAAGGGUUGGAUGGACAUCAUGUAUGCGGCCGUGGACUCCCGGGAGCAGGAACAGCAGCCGCAGUAUGAGGUGAACCUCUACAUGUACCUCUACUUUGUCAUCUUCAUCAUCUUCGGAUCCUUCUUCACCCUCAAUCUCUUCAUUGGCGUCAUCAUUGACAACUUCAACCAGCAGAAGAAGAAGUUUGGAGGGAAAGACAUCUUCAUGACGGAGGAGCAGAAGAAAUAUUAUAAUGCCAUGAAGAAGCUUGGUUCUAAGAAGCCACAGAAGCCAAUUCCCCGGCCCCAGAACAAGGUCCAGGGCAUGGUGUACGACUUGGUGACCAACCAGGUGUUCGAUAUCGCCAUCAUGAUUCUCAUCUGCCUCAACAUGGUCACCAUGAUGGUGGAGACGGACGACCAGAGCCAGCUCAAGGUGGACAUCCUGUACAACAUUAACAUGAUCUUCAUCAUCAUCUUCACCGGCGAGUGCCUGCUCAAGAUGCUGGCCCUGCGGCAGUACUUCUUCACCGUGGGCUGGAACAUCUUCGACUUUGUGGUUGUCAUCUUGUCCAUUGUGGGCCUCGCACUCUCUGAGCUGAUCCAGAAAUACUUCGUGUCACCCACACUGUUCCGUGUGAUCCGCCUGGCGCGAAUCGGGCGCGUGCUGCGGCUGAUCCGCGGAGCCAAGGGCAUCCGGACGCUGCUGUUUGCUCUCAUGAUGUCGCUGCCCGCCCUCUUCAACAUCGGCCUUCUUCUCUUCCUCGUCAUGUUCAUCUACUCCAUCUUCGGCAUGUCCAAUUUUGCCUACGUCAAGAAGGAGUCGGGCAUUGAUGACAUGUUCAACUUUGAGACCUUUGGCAACAGCAUGAUCUGCCUCUUCGAGAUCACCACAUCUGCUGGCUGGGACGGGCUUCUCAACCCCAUCCUCAACAGUGGGCCCCCGGACUGUGACCCUGACCUGGAGAACCCAGGUAGCAGCGUCAGGGGAGACUGUGGCAAUCCCUCCAUUGGCAUCUGCUUCUUCUGCAGCUACAUCAUCAUCUCCUUCCUCAUCGUGGUCAACAUGUACAUCGCCAUCAUCCUGGAGAACUUCAACGUAGCCACUGAGGAGAGCAGCGAGCCCCUCUCCGAGGACGACUUUGAGAUGUUCUACGAGAUGUGGGAGAAGUUCGACCCCGACGCCACCCAGUUCAUCGCCUACAGCCAACUCUCUGACUUUGUGGACACCUUGCAGGAGCCACUGAGGAUCGCCAAGCCCAACAAGAUCAAGCUCAUCACACUAGACCUGCCCAUGGUGCCAGGGGACAAGAUCCACUGCUUGGACAUCCUCUUCGCCCUCACCAAAGAGGUCCUGGGUGACUCUGGAGAAAUGGACACCCUCAAGCAGACCAUGGAGGAGAAGUUUAUGGCAGCCAACCCCUCCAAGGUCUCCUACGAGCCCAUCACCACCACCCUCAAGAGGAAGCAAGAGGAGGUGUGCGCCAUUAAGAUCCAGAGGGCCUACCGCCGCCACCUGCUGCAGCGCUCUGUGAAGCAGGCGUCCUACAUGUACCGCCACAGCCAGGAUGGCAAUGGCAGCGGGGCCCCUGAGAAGGAAGGGCUGAUCGCUAACAACAUGAACCAGAUGUAUGGCCACGAGAACAGGAAUAGCAGCAUGCACAGCGAGGGGGAUGCCCAACCUGCUGUGGGACUUGCGCCAGUCAGCCUCUCAGACGCUGCCCUGCCUCCCUCCCCCCAACCAGGGCAGACAGUGCGCCCAGGGGUCAAAGAGUCCCUUGUCUAACAGGCAGUGUCAAGAUGGCCAGCUGAGCCCUGGCGUACCCCCUAAAGCUCCCCCAGGCUGCCUGCAUUCUGUGUGGGGGAGCAGGGCUUUGAGUCUGGGACUGCAUCCAGCUCCUUUAUUGGGACAGGAAGGAUUUGGCCACACUGGGGCUGACCCAGGCCUGAGCAUCUGGCUCCCCAGGCCAUGGGAGUCCGGCAUGCGCUCAGGGGCUCCAUGCUGGGCCUGAGGCCUCUGCCUCCGUGAUUCCCCCUCAAGUUGCUCUUAUCUCCUCACAAGCACUGCUGCCCCUCAUUUUGGCCUGGGGGAGGUCAGAGUGUCAGGAUCUCUUCCUCCUACUUGGGGAGGAGCUGGCCUACAGUGGAGGGAUUGGCUGCCCUCCUGUCACCAGAGUCUUAAGGGCUACUGGCCUCUCCUCAGGAAGUGACACAGGCCUCUCAGCCCUAGUCUGGACAAAGAUGUCUUAACCUCAGUGAAAGCAGACACCUGACUCUACGGCACUGCUAGCUUGCCCCCUCUGACCCUGGGGUGCAGCUUCCCCCACCAGCUCAGGAAUUCCCUGGCAACGGAAAUGUGACUGGUCCAGAAAUCAUUCUCCACAAGCCUGAUUGGCCGCUGGAUUCUGAUGCAUUAGGCUGAGAUUGUGACUCCGGAAACCUUUUCCCGGGCCAUAUCUAGGCCCACAGCUCCCCUGGCUGGCCCCUAGGGGAGGAAGGAUUCUACUUGGGAAUGUCCUUUUCUAGGAAACAGGGAUGAACUGUACAGGCUGGGUCCUGCCAGCUGGAUCACUGCACUUGGCCUGAUUAUUGGGACCUGGGGUAGGGCCGGGGCCCCUGGUGCUCAGGAAGGGAUUCUCCUGUGUUCCCUCUCUCCUUUCCUCACUCCUUCUUGAGCACCACCAGGGCUCCUUAUGGUCUCACCAAGCCUCAGUGAUCUCCCCCUUAUCAGCACUUCCCACACCCAUCCCUUCUUCCCUCAUCCUCCCCACAUUUCUCCUCAAAAUGAUUAAGGAUGUUGUAGUUGAGCCCAUGUUAGAGAUUUCAGCACUGGAGCAUGUAGCAGGGAAAGCUCAGCUGGCGCAGGCUCCAUCCUCCAACUUCCUGCUGCCUGGGAAGCAUUUCUGCUGCACCACUGAUCCGGGUGUGGCAGUGCCAGGUUUCAUCUGACUCCCAAAGAACAGAGGCCAAGCUUGGAAGAGGGGGGAAGAGACCCACUCAGGAGUUACUGGGUUAAUUCACUUGUGUGUACCUGUGUGAUUGUGUCUGCUUGUAUGCUAGUAGCCCUGUGUGUAUAGCUGUGUGUGUGUUCAAGUAUGUGACUAUAAGUGUCCAUGUGAAAAACUGCAUAUGGGUGCCUGCAUGUGUGUCUAGGUAUUUUUGUGGAUGUGUGUGUCAGUGCACCCAAAAGUGUCUGCACGUCCAUGUGAGCAUAGCUGUUUUGAGUGUGUGUCUUCUGUACAGAUGUGUUUAUGCAAGUGUGCCUGUAUAUGGCAGAGUGGACCUGUGCUGUGAGUGUGUGGAUAAGUCUGAGCGUGUGGAGUCCCCUGUGGGCCUAAGUUCCUCUUCUUUUUCUUCUUCUUUCUCAUGAACAGUUUGAUUAAAAUUUAGGAAGCAGCAGAACCUUCAAAACAAGAUUGUGUGUACACACAUGUGCACACACACCUGCAUGCCUAUGGGCCAGAGUCUUUCUUAGUGUCUUCCCUGCUCUCCCACCCCUUCUGAUCCUAUCUGGAUGUUCCCUCUCUCUCACUCCCCAUGAGCACCUCUCUUCCCCCUUAUUUGUUGUAGGGACAUGAUGGCCUCAGCUCUGCUCCCCAUCUCCCACCUGUGUCUUCUCUUUGGAAGGAGGAGAAAAGAGGGAGGAGGAGGAGGCUCCCUUCCAUAGAGGACACUCAGGUGGGAGAUGGGGAGCAGAGCUGAGGCCAUCAGUGUCAGUGAUUCUCUUCCAUCAGAAGGCUCGGCCGGUAGAGGGCUGGCCUCUGCCUGCCCAGCACCCUGCCCUCUGCCUUUCCCUCCUGGGCCCAGACUUGCAUGGGCCCCAGAGCCUCAACAAUCUGUUAGGUUGAGGGCGGCGCCAGUCCCAUAUACCAGAGGUGGCAGGUUCAAACCUAGCCCCGGCCAAAAAAAAAAAAAAAAAAUCUGUUAGGUUGGAUUUUCCCCACAGACUUUGUACAGAUUGCAGAGGAAGAGUGAUGAGCAGGGUCCAGCUUCUCCUUGCCUGUGGUCCCCUCCCCUGCAGACUCACACCUCUUCCCACCUGGUCCAGGUUGGCAGACAGGCUCCUUUGUACAUUUCUUACAAUAAACCUUCCCUGGUGCCUCUGGUGUGUAGCUUCCCCCUUCCAUGCCUCUGUGUGCAGUGGGGAUGGGAUCAGAGCAGCAAGAAGGAAGAGGGCUGGCAGGGAUUGGGGCCAGCUGAAAAAGACAUGGGAGCCUUGAGGUGCAGGAGGGCCCACAGCUCCCCCUGUGGCCCAGUCCAGCUCUCUCCUGCCCCUACUCCAAAGCCCCUUAGUUGGAGUCUGAGAGGCCAGGGGUCAGAGUUUAUGCCCCUCCUCCUGCAACAGACAACACCGCACUCCCCGCUAGCCACAGGAAAUACAUGUUGGGACCCUGUGUCCCCAGCCCUUCACUUCUCUGACCCCCUCAGAGACCUCAGGGUGCUGGUGGGCACCCUCAGAGGCACCCAGAGAGCCCAGGGUCACAUGGACCUGUGACAGACAGUAUUCUUAGGUAGUGAACUCCGCCCACAAACCCAGUGGGUGAAAUAUAAUCUUACAUGUAAUUUUAUUUUCUAUAAAGACUUCUGA